GUCACUAAUCAGUCACUAAUCACGAGAAAGUUACUCUAAAUAACAAGUUAUAGUGAGCGGAUUAUCGAUAUGAUGUUGCCUUUCUUGCCCACCAUCUGUUUGUAAAAUUGUCUGAGAGACAAAACGGAGUAAGAUUGUGCACCAAAAAUGGCUCAAACUUGGAAGAAAACAGCUCUUUUGGUCAUAGACAUGCAAAAAGAUUUCGUGUUGCCUGGUGCGCCGAUGCUGGUAGAUGGUGCUGCAGCCAUUGUUCCUAAUGUCAUUAAAGCUGUGGAAGUUGCAAGAGAACGCGGCAUGCUUGUUGUUUGGGUUGUUCGGGAACAUGAUGCCUUAGGUAGAGAUGUUGAACUCUUCAGAAGGCACCUGUAUAGUGAAAAAGGGGGACCUACUGUAAAAGGACAAGAAGGUGCUGAACUUGUUGAAGGACUUGAGAUACGCAAAGGAGAUUAUAAGUUGGUUAAGACACGCAUGAGUGCGUUCUUUGCUACACACCUUCAUUCAUUUCUUCUAACUUCUGGAAUUGAUAGUUUGGUCAUUGUUGGAAUUCAAACUCCUAAUUGCAUUAGGCAGACAGUCUUUGAUGCCGUAGCAUUGGAUUACCCUUCUGUCUCCGUCAUUGUUGAUGCCACAGCUGCUAAAACUCCUGAAGUUCAUGCUGCCAACGUUUUCGACAUGAAUAAUAUUGGAGUAGCCACUCCAACCUUAAAAGAAUGGUGCAAGGCAAGUGUUUGAUACAAGUUUGUGUUUCUUUCUCUUGUGGGAAAGUUGAUUUAUUGAUGAAGAUUUGUGCGGGGUUACAACGGAUGUCAUUCUUACGUCUACAAUCAAUUGAAUCAUAUGUAAUUCAAUACCAAAGCUACAACAGAUCGAAAGACCCCCUCGUGGAAGGCUGUAUCAAACAGCGAUGUGAAAGAGGGUAUUCACCAUUGUCAUAUCUCAUCUACAACGAUCGUGGUUUUGCCGGAUUAGAAUUUUGUUUG